AUAUGGUUAUCAGUUGAAAAUCAAAAUGGCAGAAACAUCUUUUUUAUGAUAAUGUAAUCAUUGACAAUAAGUCAAUAAUAAUAUGUUUUAUUGUAAUAAAUAAUAAUAGACCGUAAUGUGUAACAAACAGUAGGAGCAAUAAUAAUAGUAAUAAAUGAAAGAUAAUAAUUAAAAUUGAAUAAGAUGUAAAAAUGGCGCGUCCAAUGAGAAUUGAAGAUUGUGUUGAUUCUUCAUUAGUGUUAUAUUAGAGUAGUCACCAGUCACCAGUCAGAGCAAAAGCACCCGACCGAGCAGAGUAAUACUUAGCAGUAGUGUGUAGUUGUAUUGUAUUUGUACGUCGAUGUCGAUGUCGAGUGUGUGGAAGUGUAUGUAAUCUAUUGGGCAAAAAACUGGCUGGACUGUACACACAAGAGGAAAAAACGCCAAGAACGACUACGGCGACGAGCAAGAAGACGAGAGAAGAAGAUCCAGCGACAGCUUCGCUCCCUCGGGUUUGCUAUUCUCUUUAACUUGGUAGCUCUCCAUCACGGGAAAAAUAAAGUACUUGGAGGCUCGGAGCUGUUCGGAGUUGCUCUGAGCUGCUCGCCGUCGAGUCGAGUUUGUUGCCGAGGCUGAGAGUGAGAGAGAUACGGGUGGUGUGUCGGUUCGUUGGUUGGUACUGGUUCGAGUACGGACUACUAGGGUCCGUCGACCAAGAAUAGCCGUCAGCCAAGUAAGACGGCCUGCAAGGAAAAAUAAGAGAAGAGAGUGAGCCAGCCAGACAGACCAAGGCAGCACGUACUGUCUCUCACAUUUAAGUACUUAACUCACUACCUCUUAGUAAUAUUUAAUAUUUAACUUAAACUUAAAUAUCCUCAGAUCUAGUUACUGGUGUUGUUAAUUGUGAUCUAGGGAAGGAUAACGUUAAGAGCCCCUCCCACCGUCAUCAUCAUCAUCAUCAUCAUCGACGUCGUUAUCGGAAGUAUCAUCGCCGGAGUAUACUGAUUUUAUGAUAAAUAAUUACUGACCGGGAUGCACGGCUCGAAACAGCAAGAGAUCGAUGGCCGAGGAUUGCACCGAGUUACCGUAGAUCAUCUUGAGGUUUAGUGUUGUCUAGUGUGCUAAUUCUAAUAGCAAGUGGAAUUCGCGGGAUCACCAGUGUGUCGAGGUAUUGGAUAAGAAUUAGACGUAAUACGUAAUGGAAAUACGAGUUUGAUUGAAUGAUUGGUUGAUUGAUGGAUAAAAAUAAAGUUAAGUCCAGGUAGAGAGAUCGGGAGGAGUCUCACUGUCGUGUUAGUCUUCGGGUCAGUGGUGAUUGGUGUCUAGACGUGUUCAUUAAGACUAAUACGAGUUAAAAGGUUUUUAAAUAAAAGGAAUUAUAAUUAAUUGUAACAUAAAUUAUAAUUUGUAAUAAUAAUAAUGUCUCUGGAGACAAGAUCAAACUCGGCCCUGUUUAAGAGGGCCGAGCAGCUAAAACGUUGGGAACAAUCAGAGACCAAUAGAGAACCGGCCCAGCCAAGACAAAUCGCGCGAAAGAUCAAGUUCUCGGCCGAUUGCGUGUUCCUAGCAGCAUGUGCUGCUGGCGACAAGGAAGAGGUCGUAAGAUUAUUGCAAAAGGGGGCGGAUAUCAACACUGGCAAUGUCGAUGGCCUUACUGCGCUCCAUCAGGCAUGCAUCGACGACGACUUGGAUAUGGUUGAAUUUUUGGUUGAACAAGGAGCGGACAUCAACCGCGGUGACAAUGAAGGCUGGACUCCGCUGCACGCAACGGCAUCGUGUGGAUUCAUAUCAAUCGCCAAAUAUUUAAUUGAACAAGGAUGCAAUCUAGCAGCUGUAAAUAAUGACGGUGAACUUGCCCUUGACAUCGCGGAGAGCGACGAAAUGGAAGAUUUACUGCAGCAACAUAUCAAUAAAGCAGGUAUCGAUUGUGAUCAAGCGCGUAGCGAGGAGGAACGAUCGAUGCUGAGUGACGCAAAAGCUUGGAAAGCCGGGUCACCUGGCAAGGAUGCUGUACAUCCGCGAACUGGUGCUACGGCGCUCCAUGUAGCUGCUGCUAAGGGUUACAUCAAAGUUAUGAACAUUUUAUUGCAAGCAAGAUGUGAUGUAAACGCUCAGGAUUACGAUGGGUGGACGCCGUUACAUGGCGCUGCACACUGGGGUCAGCUAGAAGCGUGUAAACUUCUUGUUGAAAAUUAUUGUGAUAUGGAUAUUAAAAAUUUUGCUGGUCAGACCGCGUUUGAUGUGGCCGACACAGAUAUUCUCAAGGCCUUGGAGGAGUUGAAGAAGAAGCAACAGAUAAUUUUAAAAGAUCAUCCAUUAUUAAAUAAUCAAAAGCAACUGCCGAUACCAAAGAAACGAAUGUCACCUACAAUUGAGAACACAGUCGUCAAUGAGGGACUCGAGACCUUUGAAGAAGAAACUCCAAAUAAAGUAAUUAAAGUUGAAUUGGAAAUACAAUCGGAUAAAGACGACACGAGUGCUGACACGAAUAGUGACGUCGAAAGUGGAGAAGAGACUGAUAUUGAAGAUAGCGAUGAUGAAAAUGAUUCUGAGAGUAGCUCAGAUUCAGAAACAUCAUCUACGAGUAAUUAUUCUAAUCAGUCAGAUAAAUUUUUAGGUGUUACUGAUGAUGAAAAGAAAAAUAGAGCUAACAAAGAUGAUAGUGGAACACUUAGUCCAGUCACCGUUCCAGAGAUAAAUAAACUUCCAAAUCAGGCACCAAUUUUACCACCGAAACAACAGACUGAAAAUACUGAGGAGGGAACAAUACCAUCGUGGCGUCGUUCAGGUUCAUUUAGAAGUAGAAUACAAGAAAACGAGCCCACUAAUUCAGUGGCUUCAACUAAAGAAAAUGAAGACAAAGAAAAGUCAAUAAAAACGCCGCUUAUCUCAAAUAAAAUUAACCAGAAUACCGACUCAGAAGUUGUUUUACGUCGGACUCACAGCUUUGAGACAGACGAAAAGUUCUAUGAGCAGUAUCUGGCAUUGCGAGCUCGCAUCAAGGCAUCUUCCUGCCCUACACUCCAUCGCUGCAAUCCAGUUACUCCCACCCACACCAACACUACGACCGCGCGUUCUGCGUCUUUACGCGAAACUCACAGACGCAAAGAAGUGAAACUUAAUUUGGAAUUAUCGCGAGUACCGCAAGAGAGCAAUUCAUCUUCACCAACGUCACUGACAAAUAAAUUUUUGUCCUCGCCAGUAUUGCCGACAUCGACUACUGGUUCAACUCCAACAAGUUCUACCUCUACGGCCACUACGACAACAACUAGCCCUGUACCGGGAAAUCAAAUUCGCAGUGUACAAGUGGUGGAGGCGAGCUCUGCAAACGUAACUCCCUCACACAAUUCAACGACUACAACAUCAGCACCCACGACUCCUGCUGCUGGGAAACUCAGUCCAGGAAAUAUCUUCAAAAAUUUCUUCAAAUCAUUUGUACCACCUGUACGUGAUGAAGAGAGUGAAACACAGCGUAAAGCUCACGCGAAACGCGUGCGUGAGACACGACGUUCUACCCAGGGAGUUACUUUGGAUGAAAUUAAAAGUGCAGAGCAGUUGGUAAAGAAAAAACAGCAGCAAACAAAUGAUACACCAUCGUCUACACCCCAGCCAGCGGCUUCUCUUGGCCAAACAGCUUCAAUCAUAGCCACGAUAACAACAGCAACACCAACAACCGUGACAACAAAUAAAUUACCCGAAGAAACAAAUUUGCCCGAAAGACGGCCGUCUUGGAGACUGAGGGUAGACAAUGGAAGCAAGUUCCAGUUGGAAGAUGCUAAUAAUAAAUCAUCAGACACAACAACUGCGUACAUCAGAAGGCCUUCAGGUGGAACAGGUAUACCAAGACCAAGUUCAGCACCAGUGGACUCAAUAGCGACAAGCACUGCUGAUGCAACGGUUACUUUGCCACUUAGACGUUCAUUAAAAUCACCGGAAGACAAAGAUCAAGACAAGGAGAAUGACAGUAGAAAUGCACAAGCUACCCAAGCUGUUAUUCAGAGGCGACGUAGACCCAAGAGAAGAUCCACUGGAGUCGUUCAUGUGGAUAUGGAUGAAAUUGAUCCUGAUAAACAAGAUACCUCAGCUGGUGGUGAUUACGAGGAGUCAAAAACCAAUCACACUGAAAGUGGCAAUGAACGAUCUGGACGUUCGAGUAGACUUGGAUCAGUGACGUCUUUAUCAUCAGACAUAUCAGUAACUCCGAGCAGUAGAAUAAAGUCAUCAAACUCGGAAAACGGUGAGCUUGAUUAUAAGAAAUUGUGGGAGGAGUCUCAAGCUGAAAACGAAAGGCUCAAGGAAAAAUUACGGCGUUCUGACGAGCAGUUGAAGGAGGUCAGAGGUUCAUUGGAAAAAGUACAGAGUACACAGAGUAAACUCACGCUUUCAGAAGCGGAAAAACGUGAGAGGAGAGCUAUGGAACGAAAGCUCUCGGAAAUGGAGGAAGAACUAAAACAAUUGCAAAAGCUCAAAGCCGAAAAUGAGCGAUUGAAAGCCGAAAAUCGGGCACUUACCCGCGUCGUAUCCAAACUCACCAAUACUACUAAAUAGGUGAUGGAGCAACUGAAGUGCGAAAACCAGAGGCUAAAGGACGAAAACGGCGCACUAAUACGAGUUAUUAGCAAACUUUCUAAAUAGCGCCGACAGAAACUAAGAAAUAAAUUAAUUAAAUGAAUAAACAAAUUAAUUUAAUUAAUUAAUAAAAGAUAUAAUGAAUAAUUGUUAAAUUGUAUUAUUAUUGCUUUAUAAAAUAUUUUAAUUAUUCAACAAUAUUUAAUAACAAUGUUGAUUAUUUUACAUUACAAUUAUAAUUAUAAUUAUUAUUAUCACAAUUGAUAAUAAUAUUUAUCUUCUUUGUGUUUAUAAUUAAUUAUUUAUUGUCAAUCUAAUUGAUUAUCAGUUACGCGUGUGGCUGUGUCUGAUGCAAAAGGCGAUUUAUUAAGAUAAAUAGUUUAUUAAUUUAUCAAAUAAUUAAUUGUUUGUCCACGUCUACGUCACUACACUAGUAAAGGAUUUAAAAAAAGUACAUUUUUUUUAUAUACUUGUUCUAUUAUUUGUAAAAGAUUUAAAUAUUUUACAUUUUAAAUAAUAAAGUUAUUGUCGUAAUUGAUUUAUUUUAUAUUAUCAAUUGUUAAUAAUGUGUAAAGAUUUGAUGUAUUUAUGUAGAUACGUAAUUUUUUUUUUUCAAAUUUAUCGAUUUAUUUGUAAUCAAGUCCAUGGAACAAAAAAUUUUUGAAAAUUGGUACGAGGUAAAGAAAAUUGUAAAUGCGAGGAAAAUGAUGAUUUUUACUUGUGGCCUAAGUAAAAAUUAUUUAAAUCAUAGGAAAAAAAAUAUAUCAUAAAUAAUAUCAUGGAAUUUUCUGAGCUUUUAUAGUUUACUUAAAUAAGUAGCAAUUUUUUCAGAUUUUUUUUUUAAAUUAAUGAAUUAAUUUAUAUACACAAUAAACGUGUUCACAUUUAAUACAGCAAAUAAAAUAUAUUGGCGUUUAAAAAUAAAUAUAUAUAUAUUGUGAUCUUUUAUAAUGCAUUAAGGCCAUGAUAAGCCGUUAAUAAUUAAUUUAUCAACAAACAGUUUACUAUUAAACCUAAAUAAAUAUUUAAUGAAUUAUUUAAUAAAAGUAAAAAUGAAGUAUCAUAAAUUAUAUACAAUACUUAUUUAAUAAAUGUGGAACUCCGUUAUACUAGAGUGGCCUUUAAUAAAAAAUAAAGACUGCAAUUAAUUAUUAAAGAAAAAAAUAAUAAUUACUAUCAUUGCCACCAUACCAUUAGAGGUAACGAAAUAAAAUAUAUAACGAGACAAUAUACAUUUCCAAUGGCCAAUCAUUUGAUAAGAUUUUUAAAAUUCAUCACUAUUUGAUAAAUAAAUUAUAAAAAUAUAUAUCUAAUAUAUUAGACUGUCAAACAAAAUCGAUUAUUUUUUCGAUCCUAUACGGAAAUAUUGUUGUGUGUAACAUAAAAAAAUUGGGUACCAAGUGGCUCUCCAAUUCAAUUGCAAAACGCGCGCUCACUAAAAUAAGAUUUCCCAUUUAAAUAACGCGGGAAAAAUUUUUUUAAAUUUGAAUUUUUGACGGAUCAAUGAAUUAAAUCGACCAUAUCAUUUUUUGUAGAGAAUUAAAAGCUCUACAAAAAAGGUCUCUUAUAAUUUUCUGAUAAAUCUAACCGUUCAAAAGUUACUCGCUUACGAAAAUUAUAAGUUUUUUUCCCAAACUUAAUUUGUAAAAUCUGUAACUUUUGAACCAUGAGAUUAAAAAUUCAGUAAAUAACAUAAUUUGAUUGCAAAAAAAAAUGAUCUACAAUAACGAUCCUAUGACAUUUUGCGAUUAGGUUCAUAGUUUUGCUAGAAGUAAAAACGCGAAAUUUACCAUAAAUUUGAAUCUAAGCUUGAAUAUCUCCUAAACGGUUAGAUUUAUCAAAAAAUCAUAAGAGACCUUUUUUAUAGAGCAUUCAAUUCUCUACAAAAAAAUGUUAUGGUCGUUUGAAUUUAUCGAUCUGUUAGAGAGGUAUAAAUUUUUUCUUUAAAUUGAAAAUCUUAUUUAAGCGAGCGCGCGUUUUGUAAUAGAGUUCAAGAGCCAAAAUUGGUACUCGUUUUUUUAUUAGUUACAUUAACAAUUUUAUUUGUCACAGUCUAAUAUAUACAUGCUUUUAUACAAAUAAAUUUUUACGGCAUUUGUCUACUUGUCUUGUGUGUAAUUUAUUAUUUAAAUAAACUCUGCUGAUAAAACGUGAUAAUAUAAUUACGAUGAGCAGAUUUUUCGCGUAAUGUUUUUUGUAAAUUAUUUAUUGUUAAUUAUAUCAAUGUGUCGAGUCAAAAAAACUAUCAUAAGAAUUAUAAUAAUAAUAAUAAAUAAAUAAAUAAAUGAACUAAAUAAUCGAUGAUCGAUAUAGUAACACCAUUUAGUAGAUAAGAAGUUAAUUAAUGGAAUUGCGUAAUUGUUCAUGUGUUUUAUAUCAUAAAUAAUAGUAUUAAGUGUGUUCAAUGGAUAACGAGCGCAUAAAUAUAUAUUGUUGUCGUACAACGGUUUGCUGAAAUUAAC